GUCGCCCAGCCAGGUGAUAUAUAUACGAGGCAAAAACGCUCAGGUUUAAUUAGGACUACGCCCCUCAUCGAGCAUCCUACCAGUGAACGUAUCUGCGUGUUACAAAUUGUGAACUUGCCUCUACCAUUUCAGUUUUUGACGUUCGAACUAUCAAGUCAGCUGGACCAAACCAAGAAAGGCAUCAUUCCACCACCCCCUAUGCUAUACUCCAACGUUCUUAGGAUUAUGGAGAAACAGAUCAUCUUAUUCUUCUGUCUGCUGGCACUAGCAGUGACGACGGUGAGUGGGCAGAGCACCGUUCCACCUGGCACCACGGAUUCCGGUAUUACGUCAUCCGGGAAUAACACAAGCAAUGCUACAGCAGCCGCCCCUACAAACGCGUCGGUCACGGCGUCAGCGAAUGAGACAACUGUAACCAUGACAACGACACUCCCGCCCACCACAACAACUACACCGGCGGCAGCAGACUUACCUCAUCUUGACACUGCUACGUUCACGUGGUCACUGACCUUGGGUACUGACAACACUUCUGAUCUUGUCAUAGUGGAUGCAAACGCUAGUGUUGCUGAUCUUUCUUCAACGCUCUGGACAGCAUUUUCAGAAUUCUCAUCAGGAUACGAACUUCUCCAGAGCAACACCGACGACAAGAACUUCACGUUCAGACUCUACUUUCUGAGCAGCAAGCUGACCAACAGCACGACAGACCAGCUCAACAACACUCUCACUCAGCUGAGCACUGAUGUCACGGUCAACCACCAGGCUUUUACAUCUUUAGAACAAUCUGUGAAAGCUCGUACAGCACUGAGUACUUCGGUGACCGGUGCCAGGACUCGCACAUGGGCAAAGACAAGGUGAUCGCUAUCGUCGCUGCUCUGCUGGGAGUGAUCGUCUUCCUCUUGCUAGUGGCUCUCCUCAUCACCUGUAUCAAGCGGAGAGUCUACAAAACUCCCCAGGAAUACGUCUUCUCAAGAGAAGCCUACGUGAAUAGUACCUACGAGAACACACCCACCAAAUGAGGUUGAUCAGAGCAAAAUAAAUCAGAAGUUUAGUUUUUAUGAAAGCUUGAAUAUUAACCGCUACCUAGUCAUUUCAGGUUCAUCAGAACCUCUGUGUAUUUUCUCACAUCGGCAAUUUUUUGAUAACCAGGGUAAAUAUAUCUUUUGUCACAAUAGCAUAGACUUGAAUUAUAAUACAAUAUGUCGUCUUUGGGACACCUGCAUAGACAUAGGGGUCUUGAACAUCUAGCAGUCAGUGACAAAAUUGAAGGCAAGCGAGGCAGGGGUAGGCGCAGAAUAACUACUU